GUUUAUUGUAGUGAACACACAAAUGCAGAGACAUGAGAUUUUACAUUCUCAUAUUAAUAUUUUAUUUAGCAAAACAUGGUGUGGCGGAGUUUUUCUACAAACCCUCACCUACGGAACAGUUAGUUACAGGAGUGCCUAGAGGUAUCAAAGUACCAUGGAUGGGAAUAUUAAGAGUCAAACAAACUUUCCCUUUGACCGAUGCGGUAGCGAAUGUAAUCCUCAUUACAAGAAUAUUCGCAAUAAGCAAUGCAAAUGAAAUCCACGACUUAGACGAAAUUACUAUGAGAAACAAAACUUCAGUGCAUUUCUAUAGCGACCCCAAAACCAUAUGGAAAUGUUACGUGGAAGAUUUCAUCCUCCACCCAGAGUUCUCGGCUGGGAAGAUCAAUACCAUAGGACUGAUACACUUAGGGACUGAGCAGAAAUUACUAGGGUCCAUAUGGAAACCAGUCGCGUGGCCGCCGACAUAUUUUAACGCUAAAGAUGUUCAGAAUAUAUAUACUGUCAGCUUCUCAGAUCAAACAAGAACCCUAGAACAAGUUGUGUACAAGAUGGAAACCGUCGACUUCAUUAAUUGUACAGAUACUUACAUAAAAGAAGGGUUGAGCUUCCCAACGAUAUGGCCGAAGUACUACACUUGCUUCAGAGCCUCAGAACAACUUGAAACUUGCGUUUACGAUGCUGGAAUGGCAGCUGCUACCAACACCACCGGAGAUUGGACCUUAAUAGGCAUAAGUAUCUACGGCCCUGGGUGUUCGUUUCCGGCGCGGUUCAUAGAAUUCUACCCAUACAUACCGUGGGUUCAAGGUGUCCUCGAGAGUAAAAUGCCCGAACGCAUUCAAUACACCAGAAGACAAGAUGAUACAACAACUGACAACUUUAUAACGACCUCGAGACAGGACCUCGAUAAGGAUAUCAUGAGUAAUCUCAAUGUGACCAUUGCUAUGGAUACAACUGAAACUAAUAAAGAAGUCAUCGUGUAUGGCGAUUGUAAAGACAAGAAAAAUAGAGUAUACGCCGAUGAUGGAUACAUAAAAAUACGCCAAGAUCUGGAAAUCACAACUGCUUUAUAUUCGGUAUCCAUAUCUCUACAAGAUUUGAACUUAACGUGUAUCACAACAUUUAUAAAGUGCAAAAGGAAAAGUAAAACGACGGUGUUGAUGCGAAAAGGGUUUGGGCAGGAAGAUAUACAUUUUCUCGUACAACGUGUACCACAAUACAAAAUAGGAACGAAGGAAUAUGCUGAGAGAGUGUUGUUCAUAAAAGGUAGUUAUUUGGCUCUGGCUAACAUGCCUGUAGUGACGAUAUGGUUCAAAUUUGAAAUAGUAGCCUCUGCCUUUAUAAAGGUUAACUUCUACGCAAGACACGAACCACCUGCUGUUCUUCGAACAAAAAAAACAAGGCCCACGUAUGCACCAAUCAUAAACAAACAAUUCCAAACAAGGGGAACGAAAACACCAAGUGUCCUAAGAAAAAUGGUCAAAAAUGAAGAUAAUAUACAACAGGAUUACUAUGAGCCGGAAACUGAACAGCUAUCGUAUCUUAUUUAGCUUAUCUGAUACUGCUGCUGAGCUUAAGGGUGUAGGGACCCUAGUCGAGUUCCUAUCCGUUACCUAGGUGGCGUACAGUCAUGAGCAAUAUAAUGUACCCACUUUAGGACUCUGUCGCACUAACAUAUUUGACAUUUAGUGAGACUUACAGUUCAAUUUGUCAAAAAAGUAAAUGAGACAUGGUACCAAAGUGUAUACAUAUUAAUACUCGUAACCGUACAUAUAAGUGUAAAACGUAAAUAAAUGUACCUAAGGGUAUUAAAGUCUAGAGAAGGGAGAUUUGUAAUAUAAAGAACUUUUAUUAGAAAUCAGUCAUGUAACUGUAAUUUUUAACAAAGAAUUGCGAACGUUUGAUGCUAUGUAGCUACUUACACAGGCGUCACGCAUGUGUGUGUGGCAUUGAACGCAUAAAUCCUAUUUUUACACAACUUCUGUCAUUUAGGCCUUGUAAGCCGAUAGGCCUUAUUACCCGCAAGUAAAUUAGUCUUUUUCUCAUUUAUCAUUAUUCUGAGGCUUCACUU